GGCGGGGCGGGGACAGCGCCCGCCCGUUGUUGUAGUAACGGGGAAGCGGCGGGAGGGGCUGUGGUUGCUGGGCUGCCGUGUCUGCCCGCCCCGCCGGCCGGGGCGAUGCGGGAGCAGGUUACUGCUCUUGCAAGAUCCCUUGCAUCUGCCGGAAGGAGUCUUGGAGGCGACUGAGACUGGGCUGUAUGAAAACUCCCAGAGGAAAUGCCGGUUGGGACGGCUCGAGAUCUGGAGGAAACUGGCUCAUCCUCAGAGGAGGAAGAGGAGGAGGAAGAUGUUGUAGAUGGGCUGGAAGAUCAUCCAUGUAUCAAGUGGACUGGUGGUGGCUGCAGGCGGAUCCCCAUCAUGGUGUUUCAUGCUGAAGCCAUUCUGACCAACGACAGCUACCUCCGCCUAAUUGGAGAGCGCUACCACUUGUCCUAUAAGAUUGUGCGAACAGACAGCCGCCUGGUUCGAAGCAUUCUGACUGCCCAUGGAUUCCAUGAGGUGCCCCCUACUAGCAGCGACUAUAAUCUCAUGUGGACAGGAUCACACUUGAAGCCCUACUUGCUGCGUUCCCUUACGGAUAUUCAGAAAGUCAAUCACUUCCCUAGGUCAUAUGAACUGACACGAAAGGACAGACUAUACAAGAACAUCAGUCGUAUGCAGCUGGCCCAUGGAUUCAAGACAUUCCAUAUCUUACCUCAGACCUUUAUCCUACCGGCAGAGUACCGGGACUUCUGCAAUACUUAUUCUAAGGACAGAGGCCCGUGGAUAGUGAAGCCUGUGGCCUCUUCCAGGGGUCGAGGUGUCUACCUGAUAAACAAUCCAAACCAGAUUGUCCUGGAAGAUGACAUCCUGGUUUCUCGUUACAUCAGCAACCCCCUGCUCAUAGAUGAUUUCAAAUUUGAUGUGCGCCUCUAUGUUCUGGUUACAUCCUAUGAUCCACUUGUCAUCUAUCUCUACGAGGAAGGAUUGGCCAGGUUUGCAACAGUGAGGUAUGACCAGGCAUCCAAGAACAUUAAAAACCAGUUCAUGCAUCUGACCAACUACAGUGUCAACAAGAAGAGUGGAGAUUAUGUCAGCUGUGAUGAUCCUGAAGUAGAGGAUUAUGGAAACAAGUGGAGCAUGAGUGCAAUGCUGAGGUACUUAAAACAAGAGGGGAGAGACACCGCAGCACUGAUGGCCAACGUGGAGGACCUGAUUAUCAAGACUGUAGUUUCUGCUGAGCUGGCCAUUGCCACAGCUUGUAAAACUUUUCUUUCACAUCGUGGCAGUUGCUUUGAACUGUAUGGUUUUGAUGUCCUUAUCGAUGAUACUCUGAAGCCCUGGCUACUGGAGGUGAACCUAUCCCCAUCACUGGCCUGUGAUGCUCCUUUGGACCUGAAGAUCAAAGCCAGCAUGCUCUCAGAUAUGUUCACUCUUGUAGGCUUCGUGUGCCAGGAUCCAGGCCAGCGGUCAACCCGGGCCAUUUAUCAUUCGUCUGAAUCUACCAGGAGAAAUCCUUACCAGAAGCUGCAGCGUCCUGUGUCUGCGCAGUUGCAAACAGCAAGCACCAGAUUGCGUACCCGUCCUCUGUCUGCCAGUGAUGCUGAAAUUAAAAACCCACUGCCCUCAGGGAGGGAAAAAGCAACAGGAAGGCAAGGCAGCUCUAUGCUAGGUCUCUCCAUUGAGGAGAUAAAAGUUCUUCGUCGAGUGAGAGAGGAGAAUGAACGGAGAGGAGGCUUCAUCCGGAUAUUCCCUACCCCAUUAACAUGGGACCUUUAUGGAUCCUUUUUAGAGCACAAGACAUCAAUGAACUACAUGCUGGCUACACGUCUGUUUCAGGAGAGGGGCAAGAUGAAAAGAGACUUCAUUCCUGAGAAUUCCCGAGCAGGUUUUAAUGGAAGGCUGGAUAUGAGGCUGGAAGCUGGGGACUCUCAUGCUCUUUUUUAUGAGAGAAAGCUUGUUUCAUUGGAGUUACGGAAGCGCCGGCGAUGUCACGGCAAGGCUAGAGCAGCACGGACAAGAUCAUCAGGUGAUUUCUCCUCUACUACAGGGACGUCAGACGCAACAAAGCUGUCCUUCAAGUCAGACACAGAAGGUGAGGAGGAAGAGGAGGUGGAUGAAGACGAAAAGCUAGAUAGAACUGUUGGCUCUCUGAAAAGCAAGCCAAAGCUCUCUGACUUAGUGAAAACUACUUGUAAGGAGAGGCUGCCAAAAAAACUUGACAAGAAAACUGGAGAUGGAGGAGAGCCGUUUCUUCAAAAACUGGACUCCGAAUCUCAGUUUAACUUGCUGCAGAUUCUUCAAAAGCACGGAAACCUGAGCAAAGUGCAAGCUCGCAGGGCUUUCUCUGCCUAUCUACAGCACGUUCAGUUGCGACUCAUGAAGGAGGCAGGUGACCAGAUCCAGAAUCCUGUGUGGGCUGCCAAAGAGGACGAGCAAAUGGAGCUUGUGGUACGCUUUCUGAAGCGAGCUGCCAGCAAUCUUCAGCAGUCCUUGAGGAUGCUGCUCCCCAGCCGUCAUUUAGGACUAAAUGAUCGUCGUCGUAUCCUGGCUCACCAGCUGGGCGAGUUCAUAAUCUGUUAUAACAAGGAAACAGAGCAGAUGGUUCAGAAGCGAUCAAAAAAGAAACAGGAAGAGGAGGAGGAGGGCGUGAAUCCUGAAGGUUUUCAGAACUUUAUUACCAAAGCAAGUGAACGUGACCUGGAGGAAGUGCUGACAUUUUACACACACAAAAGCAAGUCGGCAAGUGUCUUUCUAGGAACAAACUCCGCAAGCACAAAAUCCAGCCACACUAGUAACCGGUCAGAGAAACAGCCUCAAGGGGACCAUCCUGAGGUGGUGGAAAAAAAAAAAGAUGAUCAGCCCAAAAGUUCAAUUGCAGAUCUGCCUGCAGAAGGAGCGUUAAAAGGCUACAAACCCAAAGAAGUUAAAUCUACCUUUCCAGAAGGACUCACCUCCUCCUUAAAUGCUGAAGUGAAAUUACCUCAGUGCGACCCUCCUCUUGCUUCUUCCUCUGUGUCUGGUGCCACGUUCCAGAGAAGUACCAGUUCCUGGAUACCAUCUCAGCCUGCAGCCUCUGAAAAUUCACAGGUGCCUGGUCACCAUUCAUUGCCAGCUCCUCCAGUUGGUCCCAGGCUGAUUCAGUCCCUGUCCCCACUGCCCUCCUCACAGAGCACAGCUCCUGACAGCUCUUCUGCCUUCAGAAACACAGCGUUCAAUCAGUCUUCUAGCCUUGCAGGGUUACAUCGUUGUCAUUCUGGUAGCUACACCAUUGGCCCAUUCUCAUCUUUUCCGAGAGCUGCUCAGAUCUACAGCCAAAGAUUGUCCCGACCAUCCUCUGCAAAAGUAGGUUUGUGCCAUCGCAGUCCAAGUGGGCAGCGUGCGGGCUCAGCCAGGAUGCACAAAGAUGCAGAAGAUACUUCUUCCCAGGGCAAACGUUAUAGUCCCAGUAUGGUAGCAGCGGAACUGCAGCAACUAGCAGAAAAGCAAGCAGCCUGUCAAUAUUCCCCACCAAGCCACAUCAGUCUCCUUACACAGCAGUUAACAAACCUGAACUUGGCAAGUGGAGCUAUAAGCAAAGGCAAUGCAGCUGCCCCACAGAGCUACCCGUCGCCACUCGACAAAAGAGGGUCCUUGUGGGCUGUUCAGCCAGAUACUCGUAUAGCUGACAAAAGAUCUGUCUCUUCAGCAGUCAGGGCUCCAGAGAAUCAUCGUUUUGCCUGGGAAGGAGAGAUGGAGAACAGUGUCAACAACAAGGUGACACAGAAUCCACUGGCACAUCCCAACUGUCAGCUCCAUUUUGCUGUGCAGCAACUCAAGCAGCAGAAACUUCAGUCACGACAGCUGUUGGAGCAAAGCCAAGCCCGGCACCAGGCUCUCUCUGCCAACUACUCACAAUCCAGCACCAGCCAUAUAUCCAUGCCAGCUGGCUCUGAUACCCGCAAGACAUCCAGUGCCACUUCUAGUAUCCAGAAGGCAGCCAGUUUGCACAAAGUGAUGCCAUCCCAGAGUACGCCUUCUCAGCUGGUUCCAAAGCCUCCAGCAAACCACAGGCAGGCAGUGGUCAGAAAGGCUGCAGCCCAGAGGAUUUCCAAGGUGACCUCUGCAGAAAGGCAACUGAAUGGAUUCCAGAACAGCCUUCACAGUGCUGCAUCCUGUGAGCCAGGGACAAAUUCCGCAGCCUCUGCUCACAGAGAAGGACGAACACUGAGCCACCAGGUGAGGAAUCCAGGGUGUUGCUUCAAAUAUGGGGCAAAGGAAAAAGCAGCAGUGACUUCAUACAACCACUCUCCCGUAACACCCAGGAAAGAGCGAAGAGGAGGCCCUGGUGAGAGGACAACCCACUGAGGAGAGUACUUGAAAAUCUGUGGAAGCUUGUGACACACCUGCAAGCUGAGGUGAAUGAUUACCUCUGAGAGCUUCUGCUGCUGAAUCUUGGGGUCCCUUCCUCCCACCUCUUCCUGAUCACUAUCUGUGAGAUCUUUCUAUAAGGCAGAGGUCCUCCAGCCGUCUGUGUGGUUGGUUGCCGUCUUGAAUUUUGGCCCAGAGCCAUAGAAAUGAUUGGUUUGAAUAAAGUAAUUUUGCUUGUUUUGGUUAUAAUUUCAGUUAUUAAUUCACAGCCCCAAAAUAUUUUCUGUUGUUAUAUUGGACAGGCUUUUAAAUCUGUCUUUAUGUUUCACUGUUGGAUGCUUGUGUUCUGUGUGGCUUAUUUUUGUAUUUUGAUUUCUGUUUGUUUAGGCUUUAUAAGCUUUUUAAAUUGGCUGAUGUUUUCAGACCCAAGCUUGAACCCUGAGGCCCAGGUGGCUCCUGUCAAUUGCAGUGUAGUGGCUUGGUGAAGCACUCCAGUUAAAAUUUGCCUAAUGCUAUGAAAAUUAAUUUGCUUGUGUUAGAAAACAACAUCAGCAGCUGGAAAAUGUAUUGGAGAGAAGAUCCACCCAUCCUUAAAAUGAACAGGAAACAGCUUCAGCUCUGGCUCUUUGUUGGUGCCAGGUUAAAGGAGAACUUAGUAUUCUGCAACUUCUGCCUUGUCAAACAGCAAGUGGUAGGAUUGUAAUUCUCAAAGGGUACAAAAUCUCUUGUUGUUUGUAUCAGAGCCCUCUGAUUGGAUUCUAACAGCCUGUUUGAUCUGUUUUCUUAUUCCACAGCUCCCCUGUCAUUUCUAACCUGUAUAGUCAGUGUUAAGAGAUCAUUCUCAUGUGUUGGCAAGUAGAUAAUGAUCAACCCAAAUGUCUGACAGAAGAAACCGUGUCAGGGGGGGAAAGUGUUUUAUCUUGAAAUGAUCGUGUUCAUGUUCAGCCUUGGAUUGUGCAUAUUUUCUGUCAUUCAAGACCAGAUAAAUAGUAAGAAGAUGAAAUAAUUAUGUUCAUACCCCAUUAGUUUCACUAUCGCUUGCUCCAGGCAUGAAUUCAUCGGACAGAACAUGCAUUUUUUCCUCUUUCUGUUCCACUCGUGCAUAUGACAGACAUUGAAUACUUCAUUUGUCCAAAGUGCAGUUCUCUGAUGUAGGUGUUCCCUUUCUUACUUCAUUGGCUUAUUUUUCAUUUUCUAGACAGUCAUGAUCACUUCAUGAUCUGUUCACUUUGUCUGUGUUUUUCAGCUCUGUUCCUCAAGAAUCUCCACAGCAUUUGUCUGCUGCCUGUGCCACCAUCACAUUUCAUCAGUGACCAAGAGAUUUGUAAAAUCUUGUGAAGUUACUUUCAGAUCAUGUCCCUUCUAUCUGUAACCAUUGCAUUCCACCCAUGGAUCUCUGAGAUAGACGUCUCUACUGGUGCAUCAAAGUUGUCAGCUCAUUAUUAGUUGCAGAAGUUGUGACUUCAAACUUCUGCACGUUCUCACCAGCUGUGGGCUUCAAGACCUUGGGUCUGUCUUCUCAUAGCCUACUCUGCUAGUUGUGGUAUUGGCUAUAGCCUCCAGCUCUGUUCGCGAACUGUUGGAGGGGCUAUUUCCCUAUAAUGUUUAGCUUCAGUAAAUAACAGAUUCCAUUCCCUUCUUCUUCCCAGGGGAUCUGAGUUAUCCUUAUUCCACUGGGUUUCAUGUGCAGGACCAAGUAGCUAUAGGAUAUACAUCCUUGUGGAACCACUAUCUCUGGUUUUGUUCUCUAGUUUCUUUGCUCAGGUUAUCACAGCCACCACUGAAAACUGUAGAGAGGUUUGGAGGAUAGAGAUUUAAAUGCACAGUUAGCCCCAGGAAAGGUGAUUGUCUUUAGAGGAUCGUUGGCAGAAACAGCAUUCUUACUUGUCUGUCAAAUUACCAAUUUGUGCUGGCUGCUUAUGAACAUAGGUUAAUUGUUUUGUCACCUUUGCUCGUCUCCCACGCCCUCAUUUUGGGAUAAUGAUUUGUACACAGUUAUAGCCAGCAUGUUUUCUGAACUUUGCAUUGCAUGUUCGAUGUAACCAACACCACAUCUGUAACAGUGAUGACUUAGUAGCAGUAUAUCAGACAUCUUGUCUCUGAAAUAUUCGGUGAAAUGCACAUUGCAGUCUAAGACUCUCAUUUCAAAGGAAUGAAUUUUGUCAGCUUCAGCAGCAGUGAAGUCUUGCAUCCUUUGUCCCUGGAAAAUUUUUCUUCUGCUUCCAACAAA